AUCUUCACGAAUAUUAAUGAAUCAUUAACGCGAAAGCGAGAUCAAAACAUUGUCAAGAUCCAUAUUCCCGGACUAGAUAAAGUUGAUAAGUAUGUACGUGAAGCUAUACACAAUGAAUACAACGCUCAAAUAAUCGAUAACGAUAUAUUUAUCAGAUAUGACGGAGGGAAUAAAGAAAAUAUCCAUUGUGAACUUAGGAAUUCGGCUAGGGCACAUAAUCCAAUUUGGUAUGCGACACCUAAUACGAUAUGCGUGGCUGGAGGUAAUGAUUAUCGACCCGAUGUCGGCGUAUGGUUUCAAAGGCCAACGUUUCUUCAAAGGCAAAAUCCAAUUGUACAUCAAUGUCCUCCACCGAACGUUUGGAUAGAGGUGUUUUUCAACGAAGAUCCAGAUCGUCAAAAUGCGUUAGAUAGAAUAGCUCGGGUUCAGCAAACUCAUGUUAUUGAAUUUGUCGGAAUCGCUCUUCCUCAAUUGUCUGGCCCCUACCGUCAGAAUCCUUUUCCUGCGGGAGAGUCUCUGCUCAU